UACUAAUUGUAGCAGCAGUGAGGUACUUGUCUUGUCCUGUCCUCAGCUGCAUAAAUUUCUCAUCACAUUUGGCAGUCACUAGCGGAUCAGCAGGACAUAUUGAGGCGACAUUCAUGGCAACCAAGGUUGACGACGCUGAACUAAAGAGGAUUGAUUUGAAGGUUUCUGUGAAUUGUUGCGAUGGUUGCAAGCGCAAGGUGAAGAAAUUAUUACAAACCAUUGAGGGUGUCCUGAAGAUUGAAAUCGACAGUAGAGAGCCGAAGGUGAGGGUCAUCGGGAAUGUUGAUCCAAGAAUUCUCAUCAAGAAAUUGAUGCGAGCAGGAAAGCAUGCUGAAUUGUUAGCAUGUACUAAUAAUAGCAGUAGUAACGGCAAGUCCGAGCCUAACAAAGAUGAUGAAAAAGUUAAGAACCCCACUACAAAACCGUUAGCAGACAACUGUGAAAACAAAGGCGUAGAAAAAUGUCCUCCAAACUCAUCAUGUACAAGUACUGCUGCUCAGGAUGAACAGAAGAGUUGUAGCAGGGAUAAUAGAGAGAAUCCAAAAACAGCGGAUGGGAGUAGGAAAAAAAGAGCAUCUUCUAAGCACCACCAUAAGAAGGCUGAUUGCUACGAGGGUCAUACUAGCGACAUCACUGGUAAUACUCUUCCUGUUCUUGUUCUAGUACCGGAAACAAUAAAAAUGCCAGUCGAAACUCCUUCAAUUGUUAGUAAAGUAGUAACAGAGCAGGAUGACUCCGGCGCUGUGCAGCCUGAGAUGGUGCAUCAAGUAGUUGAACCCUUGUCUAAAUUACAUGGUCCAUCUGAUUAUAGUACUACAACAACUAUUACGGAUUCAUAUGCUUUGGCGCCUCAGUCUUUUCCAUCAAUGUUUUAUUACGGGGGAGAGAACCGUAACAAUUACGGAUACCGGAUGUAUGAAGGCAGCAGAGUGUAUGCUCGUGACCAGCAAGCUGCGCCUAUCAUAUUUUUGCCAGAGCUUCAACCACCGGUCCCAAGGGUAGGAGACUAUUUCAGUGUUGAGAAUACCGUAGGAUGUCAGAUCAUGUGAGUUGGGAUACAGUAUCGUCCGCAUUUAUAUGACUAAAUUGCUAUGGCAUUCAUUUCAAUUCAGUUCAACUUGGCUUAACUUUAAUUUGGCUAGCUAGUUAGAUUAUAUGGGGAUGGGAAUUCAUAUUAAUUUUUUAUUUCAUUUCUUGAGAAUGGGUUUCUUGUUUUUGAAUUUAUUAAUACGAAUUAAAAUAUUUAAUACGAAAAUUCUUUGAAUCACUACAAGUUUAGUGACAUAUCCAAAUAAACCCUGCUGCGAGUGAGUAGCUAGGGACAAUUUCCUAGUAUCAAAUACUAUAACAAGGUUAAUCCUAUUCUAUGGUUGCAUUUGCAUCAUCACUCCUUGCCAAAGCAAAAUCCGCCUUGUUGCCUAUUUACAGCAAUUUAGCAAAAUAACAUACUCGUUUUGCCCUCUCAGAGCAUUAAUCCUAUUCUCUCCUUCAACUCUAGGAUUACAAUGUUCUCCUUCAACUGCUUCAAAAAGUCUGGCGCAUCUCCCUUCCACCUGAUAGUUGCUGUAGGUAACCAUAAUAUUGCUCGCCUCCACUGCAUCUAGAGUCUAUGCUCUGCAUCCCAGCCAUCUAGCUUCCCCGCAUAUGAAUCCAUUUGAGUUCUUCUAACAAUGAAGCCAUCAGAACUAGGUUCAAGACGGAUACGUUUGUCCAGGAUGCUUUAGUUGAUUUGUAUCCAAGAUGUGGCCAAACUGAUGACGGCUGCAGGCUGUUCCACCAGAUGCAGGAGGGCGGCAUGCUUGUGGCAGAUAUAGCUGCAGUGGUUAACCUUUCACCUGCAGUGACUCAUUUUGCAGGUGAAGGACUCUACGCCUCAACAUGCUUGUGGCAGAUAUAGCUGCAGUGGUUAACCUUUCACCUGCAGUGACUCAUUUUGCAGGUGAAGGACUCUACGCCUCAACGGUGUCGGCAAAUGUUUGAUUGGGUUUUGAUCUGUUAGAGCCUUCUUAUGGAAUUGGUUUAACGAAAAUGAAUGAGCUGAUGAAUCUCAGUAAAUUUUCAAUCAAAUGCAAGUUUCAGGAUUAAAAUCCAACACAGUUGCAACAUUGACAACAUUUCCCACUUGUGCCUAAUUGGGAUCCAAUUCAUAGGGGAAGAAAAAGACAUAAAUAAGUCUGUCUUUGAUUUUCAAAUUGGAAAAUACAAUACCAUGAAUGAAAAUUGCAGAGAUUUAGUGGCGCCUGUUCAGAUGUCCACUAAUAGCCUCCCAAGUAUGUGG